AAGUUGUAAACCCAUUAAGCAAGUUGUUGAAUGUUGAUAGAGAGAAAAUAAUGGAUGCAAUGCAAGUGCAAUGAGUUGGUGGUGGGGAACAACAGGGUGGUGGAGGUGGAGGAGUUGGUGUAGUGCACUAGUGGGGGGUGCACACCACAUACACCCGCGCAUUCUAGCAUCACCAUCCCCAUAUCGUCAUCCACAUCAUCACCGUCCACCCACCCCACCCGGUGGUCCUUUUCUUUUACCACCUAACCCUCUUACUUUCCCUUCUUUCAAACCACCGCGUAAUUCCUCCGCUUCUUCCACCCCACCAUAAUUACCUCACGCCAUUCAUCCAACGAUCUUUCUAUCGUCGUCCUUCCUUUGGAUCUUGAUGUCCGCCACUGCUACCGCUGUUUCCGCAGCUGAGAAGCCUGUCCGGAGAUUUCCACCACCGUGUUGGACCCAAGAUGAAGCACUAGCACUGAUCCAAGCCUACAGGGAGAGAUGGUACGCCCUCCGCCGUGGGUACCUUCGCACCGCUGACUGGGAUGCGGUGGCGGAAGAGGUAGGCCGGAUAUGUCCUGGCGCCGUACCACCCAAAACAUCCGCCCAGUGCCGCCACAAGAUGGAGAAACUCCGCCAGCGUUACCGUGCCGAGAAACAACGAGCGCUUUCGUUCCCCGGUGGCCAGUUCCUCUCAACCUGGUUCUACUUCGAAGCCAUGGAUUCAAUGGAGAAAAACGGUAGCGGAUCUAAUGCCGAUGAAGAAACACAAUCCGGUAAUGAUCUCAAUUCUUCCGGUAUGAAAAAUGUUAAUUCGAAAAAUAAUCAUCAAUCCAACGCAAUUACUGUUUCGAAUUACGGGGGUUUGCAUCCUGGGCGUGGGAUUCGCUUCAAACCAGUUGCAGCUGAUAGCAAUUUGGUAACUAUAGCAAGUAGGUCAAAUAAUUUUAGGGUUUCACAUAACUAUGCUGCACAAGAGGAAGAUAAUGAUAACGAUGAUGAAGUUGAAGACGAAUAUUUUAUUGAACCUCCAAUCGGUAAGAAUUCAGGAAAAACCCACAAACCAUCCUCUCAAAACUAUGCAACAAGGUUCCAGUCUGAUCAUCAUAACAACAAUGGAGCUCAUGUACACCCAUCAAAAUUUCAAGUUACAGAACAUUCAGGUAUUAGACCAAGAAAAUUUAGCAAGACUGCUUCAAACUCGAAUCCUAGUUACUGGAAUGAAAAUGGGGAAGAAGACGACGAUAAUGAUGAUGGAGAAGAAGAAGAAGUUUGGGUAAAGAUGGGAAAAGACAGGAGUUCAGCAUCCAUGGAGUAUAGAGAUAAUAAGUAUGGUGAUAGGAACAGGAACAUGAACUCAAGCCACCACUAUUUUAAUGGUGAAGAUGAUUUUUCAAGAGAGAAAAAAGGGGUGAAAAGAGACAAUAACAACUCCUUAGGAGAGAUUGUGUCGUCGAUUAAGGUUUUAGCUGAUGGGUUUGUGAAGAUGGAGAAGAUGAAGAUGGAUAUGGUUCAUGAGAUUGAGAAAACACGAAUGGAAGCCGAGAUGAAACGCAAUGAGCUGCUUCUUGAGUCACAAAAACAAAUCGUUGAGGCUUUCGUUAAAGGUUUAGCAGAUAAUAGAAAGCAACAACAGUGAAAGCAACAAGUUUAAGGUCCGGCUUAAAUUAAUUAAAUGUUAUAUUUAUUUUCUUUAUAUAGAGAGAGGGAGAUUAUUGGUGGUGUAAUUUAAUCGUUACCCAUGUCCAUGAUCAUAUAUAUAACUGAGCGAGAUUAUGCUUCAAAAAUUUCAUAAUUAGUGUAAUAAUGUGAAUAAAUGAAUGGGCUUAUUUUGUUGC